AUGUCGCGUUUUUCCGAGUUUUUCGCGAACAAAAAUGUUCUCAUCACCGGAGGCACCGGUCUCUUCGGGAUGUCCAUCGUCGAGAAGCUUCUCAGAGCUUUUCCGAAAAUCGGGAAGAUCAAUCUACUUGUUAGGAGUACAAAGAAUGAGAGCUUAUCUCAAAGAGCUUCCAAAUAUUUCGACAAUGAAGCUUUUUCACGUCUGAAAGCAAAGAACGGAAACGGAAACUUGAUGGAUAAGAUCAUUUGGAUAGAAGGUGAUCUGAGUAAACCUAAUAUGGGUUUGAGUCCAGAGAGCGUGAAGCACAUCAACGAAACAGUGAACGUGAUCUACCACAGCGCAGCAACUGUGAAAUUCAUGGAACCGCUGAAGAACGCCAUCAAACUCAACGUCUGCGGCACCAAUGAACUCCUGAAGAUAGCCAAAAACUGCCAAAACCUUAAAUCCUUCAUGUACAUUUCAACUUCUUUCGUCAAUCACAGAAGAUCAGCGAAUCGUUUGGAUGAGAAAAGUUACAAGCACACCGUCGAUCCUAAUCUUCUGAUCCAAAUGCACGAUACGAUGAGCAGCGAGGAGAUCGAACUGAAGAAGACAGAGUUUCUGGCGGAUUUUCCCAACACUUACAUCUUCACGAAGAACGCAGCUGAAGAUUUGCUGCACGGGAAUCCUGGUGAUUUGAAAAUCGGCGUUUUCCGCCCUGGAAGUAUAUUCAGGAUGCAUCCAAAAUCUCCAGGAAACUCGACACCAGUUGAUCUCUGCACGAACGCUUUGAUAGCAGCCACCUGUGAUUCAGCGACAUCUUCGGAAAACAAGAAAUUCUAUAAUUUCGCUGUGAACAGUCCGUCUUGGCUGGAGCAGUACGAAUACUAUUUGGACAACGUGAAGGAUCCUUGGUUGGCUUUCGGUAGUUUGAAGUACAGAUUCUUGAGUCACAUGAAGGAUUUGGUUUUGGAGAUGAACGGCACGAAAGGAAUUUACGUGCGUGAGAUUGAGCAGCAUCAGAAGUUGAUCAAACUGUUGGAGUAUUUUUCCACCAAAGAGUUUCACUACAGCACCGACAAUAUUGAUGCCAUUUGGAAGACGAUGAGCGAAGAGGAAAAGGAGUUGCUGUUCUUCAAUUUGAAAGAUGUUAAUUGGAAGGAAUACUUUGGUAAAAUGUGCGAUGGGAACAAGCACGUCCUGCACGAUAUGCUGGAUAUUAAACAGACCAUGAUGGCUUUGGCCAGGUGA